GUGGACGGCGAAUAUUGUUUCCCUGUCAAUCCCUCAGUAUGCGCCGUGACUUGGCAUUCGUGAGUCGCGAUACGUAUUCAUGUAUAGGCUGCUCAUUACUUGUGUGAUAUGCGUGGAAUCGGCUUCCUCUAUCACGACGCAUCCUGCAUGCGAUGACUAGUCAACCUGCGGAUUGCUUAGUCUUAGUUCGGCGCUUCUGCGACUCGACGGAAUGGUCAGCAAUGCACCCAUGCACGCAUUCAUGUCCGAACAGUGAUCUGUCAAUCAUGAUGACACACUGCAAAUCACUUGGUCACGACGUUCUUCAUACUUGGGUCUAUGCUGCAGUGGAGAAAAGAAACUGGUUCCCCCGCCAUGAGCUUGGGGACGUAGCUUGGCUCCACUGCAUGCGGUGCCCAUACCAGGGGUGUAGCAACGUGGCUGGUCGCUCAUCGAUUGCUCGCGAAGCAAGGAUACUUCUGCUCAAAUUUACCGAUGGGUCUGUGGAAAGUCCGGACAUAGAUCGACUUUCCACAGAAUCGAUUGCAAGAAACGCAGCCAAGCCACUUUCCUGCCAUGCGGAUCAUUUACCCGUGGAUGUGCCGGGAACCGAUGCUUAUCGCCCGAUUGAUUACUGUAGCUUUGAAGCAUGUAGGUGGAUCACCAGGAUAACAUUGCCAGGGUAGGCUUAUCCCCACAGUUCACUGCUCUCGGUGGUGCAUUCGAUUUCACUUUUCGCA